GUUAACAAUGAUUGAAAUUAUAAUUUCAUCGAGUAGGCAGCGGUUGCUCUGUCGCUUUUGGCAGCUUUUUGUAUAUUGAGGCGACUUCAAGCGUUUUGUGCGUAGUUUAACUAGCGACGGUGUCCUUUAAAGCGAUUUCAGAUUUGUAAGCAAGUGUCGUUGAAUAAGUUUUUGUGCAUUUCCUUGAUGGUCCGUUAUCAUGAAGACUAACCCUAAUCCAUGCAUAUUUUGUUUAGAUGAGCAACAGCGGCCUUGUCGCUUGCCGUGCAGCCAUUCAUUUUGCACGGAUUGUUUAGUACGCUAUUUGCAGGUGAGAGGCGAUUUUCGGUGCCCGCUGUGCCGUCGCGUGUUUCAGGUGAGCACUCGAGAACCAGCUGAAGCAUCCAAUGACAGCACCACAGAUCCAGAUACGCAUGUUGUCCCAGCAGCCAUGCCGGCACCGGAACCAGCCCAUCAACAUGCAGAUUUGCGGAGCGCUGACUUUGUGCACCUCUUCGAUAUCGAUAUUGAUAUGCUGAACGACACUUUGGUGCUGACACUCACAGAGCAGGAAAUUCGUCUAUUUGCUAAUUUGUAUGACGAGGUACUGCGCGAGGAUCAACGCCAAAGUGCUGCACCAGAGACAGCGGACGCUUGGAUUAUUCGGGGCAUGGUUGGAAUCUAAUCUCUACAGCAUGUGUUUCUCUCUCUGUCAAUUUUAUUUUUAUGUGAAUGUUUCUUUUAUUUUUGUGUUUGUUUGUGCCAUAUAAAUACCCUAAACACCUGCAAUAUAGCGCUA